GACAACAAAAAUGAGUCAGAAAAAAUGCUUUGUUGCCUGGUUUAAAAUUCUACAAACUUCACGGUCGUAUGACACAAAUUGAACGAUGCUCAGUGUUUCAUGCAUUCCGGGAGACAACUGCAGCGGUUCUCAUUUGUACCGAUGUAGCUGCGCGAGGCAUCGACAUUCCUUUAGUUGAUUUAGUUGUACAGUAUCAUGCUCCACAAAUACUAGCUGAUUAUGUACAUCGUGUAGGACGAACAGCGCGAGCAGGCGAAUCAGGCAAAGCGGUACUCUUCAUUGAGCCAUCUGAAAUGGAUUUCAUAAAGUAUCUCUCAAACAAACAUAUCAGAAUUAAAGAACAAUCAGCUACAGGUGUUAUUCGAAAUUUUGGCCGAUUUAUCAAUAGUGAUACAAAAUGCAAUUCCGAAUUAAAAGAGUAUCGAGCAGUUGAGUUUCAACAUCGUUACGAGCAACUUAUAAAUGAAGAAAAUGAGCUGUUUGACGGUGCUAAAAAAGCCUUCACUUCUUGGUUUGGGUCUUCGCGACGCUCCAAAACAUUUAUUGCAAGGUUAUACAGACCAGAAACACGGAGGCAAAGUAAUCCUGUUUUUAAACGAAAAGAACAACAUAACAGCAAGCAACUCAACCUCUUACAAGAUAAAAAAAAAUUGUCUGGCAGGUAUGUUCGAGCAUCGUUUAGCUAUUGGUAAUAAAUAAUAUAAGUAUUGUAUAU